CCAGUGGCUGUGCGCUCUGAGCAGAGCACAGUGCGCGCGCGUGAGUGUUCCCCACGCUGUCUGAACUGGACUCGGCUCCAUACGUUGCUCUGAUCAUCUGAGGUAAAAUGGGGGGCAAGAGCGAGGUUAACGGACACGCCAUGCCCGGUUCGGCCUCCACGGACCGGAUCAUUCUGGAGCAGACAGAGGAGCUGCAGAAGAGCUGCAGGGAAAAGCUGUGGCAGUUCCUCCGGAGAAACCUGCUGGUGAUCCUGACGGUGUCCGGCGUGCUGGUGGGCGUCGGGCUCGGGAUGCUGGUCCGCAGCAUGGACCUGGACCGGGCCCAGAUGAGCCACUUCGCCUUCCCUGGAGAGAUGCUGCUGCGGAUGCUGAAGAUGAUCAUCCUGCCCCUGGUGGUGUGCAGCCUGGUCUCCGGUGCCGCCAGCCUGGACACCCGCUCGCUGGGCAAGCUUGGGGGGAUUGCGGUUGCCUACUUUCUGGUGACCACCCUGAUCGCGUCCGGCAUCGGGGUGACCCUAGCCUUCAUCAUCAAACCGGGAGUGGGGGCAGGAGCCCUGAACACCAACAGCCUGGGUCUGGAGAGCGUCAGCAGCAACAAGGAGACCACCGACUCCUUCCUGGAUCUGGCCAGGAAUUUGUUCCCGGCGAACUUGGUGGCUGCUGCUUUCCGUUCUUAUGCCACAGACUACAAGAUGGUUGCUGCAGGGAACGACACCAACGGGACAACUAUUUACCAAAAGGUUCCUGUUGGAACGGAAACCGAUGGCAUGAACAUUCUUGGUCUGGUUCUGUUUGCCAUGGUGUUUGGAGUGGCUCUUCGGAAACUUGGGGAGGAGGGAGAGGAACUCAUUCGCUUCUUCAAUGCCUUCAAUGAGGCGACCAUGGUUCUGGUGUCCUGGAUCAUGUGGUACAUCCCGUUUGGUAUCGUGUUCCUUGUGGGCAGCAAGAUUGUGGAAAUGGAAGAUGUGGGUCUUCUGGUCACCAGUUUGGGAAAGUACAUCUUUGCUUCGAUCCUGGGCCACAUCAUCCAUGGAGGUGUUGUCCUACCCCUCAUCUACUUUGGCUUCACACGUAAGAACCCAUUCAGCUUCCUAUCAGGCCUCAUCACGCCCUUCACCACGGCCUUCGCCACCUGCUCCAGUUCAGCUACUCUUCCCUCCAUGAUAAAAUGUGUGGAGGAAAACAACGGUGUGGACAAACGCAUCAGUCGCUUCAUCCUUCCUAUCGGGGCCACGGUCAACAUGGAUGGAGCAGCCAUUUUCCAGUGCAUUGCUGCUGUUUUCAUAGCUCAGCUCAACAACACAGAGCUGAACGCUGGCCAGAUCUUCACCAUCCUGGUGACGGCCACAGCCUCCAGCGUCGGUGCAGCUGGCAUCCCAGCCGGCGGCAUCAUCACCAUCGCCAUCAUCCUGGAAGCCAUCGGCCUGCCGACCAACGACCUGUCCCUCAUGCUGGCUGUUGACUGGAUUGUGGAUCGUACCACCACAGUGGUGAAUGUGGAGGGGGACGCCCUGGGUGCAGGAAUCCUCCACCACAUCAACCAGCAGGAGAUGAAGAAGCAGCAGCAUGAAGACAAGGAGCUGGAGGUGGUGCGGGUGGACGCUGUGGCCAACGUUGAGGCAGAGGAGGAGACGUCGCCGCUGGUCAUGCGUCAGACCAAAGUGUUGGAGGGCAUGCCGGAAGCCAUCGAGUCUGUCCUGUGAACCCAGGCCUCUCUUUCUCCCUCACCAUUUAAACUUCAACACCUCUGACACUGAUGCUGUGGGGCACCAGUCUGACCCGGUGUCAUUCAAAUCACCAACAACCACUCUAAAAAGAUCAAUAAAUGUAAAAACCCAUGCUGGUUUGGCUUGUGAGGACGAUGACUGCAGCAGAACACAUUUAGGGAUUAUCCAUUCAUAAAAUAUUUUUAAUUCCAUCUUGAGUUGGUUCGUUCAACAGCCAGAGCCGUGAUCGGUCCAAAUCAUUGCCGUAAAGGUUCAGGGGCUGGUGGUGUUACAUUAGUGUGAGACACUUCCUGCCUUUGCUGUUUAGUGUUAUUCCGUCAAGUGCUGGUGGGUUUGAUGGGAUGGUGUUUUACUUUGAGGUCCGAAACUCAAACCUGUUUGUGUAGCUGGUGUUUGCUGUUAGCACGCCCUGUCAAACAUUAACGCUCCAAAUGAAAAGUCAAGUACUUGGUGCAUUUAGAGAUAGCUGAUGCACACUGACUCACUAUGUUAACACACCAUACAGGCGGUGCCGGGGCACGUGCUGGUGGACUUUUACUAACAGAAGUUGUUUUAAGUGUCAGCUCCUGUUUAGCACCGUGCCAGCGGCACUCUCUGCUGUAGCAGCUGUUACCAACACGCUGGUUCCCAGAGGUCAGCUGCCACCGCGGUCACGGGAGUUUAGUUUGGUCAUAGUUUACUCGUUGACUAGUCUGUUAAACUGAACCUUUUCAGCCGAUUUUCAGCUCGGACUGCCAUGGUUAGCUAACUGGAAACAAACCGAAGACCGGUUCUGGUGAUGAAUCAUUCACUGAUGCCUUCUGUGUCAGAAUUGUGUGAGGCAUCUGAGAGGACACAGUUAAAGGCUCUAAGACCCAACGUCCUGCGUCAACACACUCCGGUCCAGGAGAGUAUGAGGGUUCAGUCCACUUGAGGUCUUUCCCACUGAAGCUUGUGAUGUUCAAAACUCUGGAAAUGGACCAAAAUGUUAAUCUGUCCUCCCGACUCUGAGGUGAUUCUGCCUGUAGUUAUAUUUAUUCUAUUUGUUGGGGGGGACUAAACUGGACACUAGCACAUGCUAAUACAAUGUUACCAUGCCAUGUCAGUGUCUGCACUUAGGUGCAUUCACAGUUGUUUCAUGGCUUGACUCCUAUCUGUGUUCUGAUUGGUUAACCAGCACAGGUCGGUCAGUGUGAUGGUCUGUAGGUGUGUCCCACAGCAGCUCCCUGUCUGUGUCUUUGGGAUUAAACCUGAGCUGAGCCAGACCCGUUCCAGGGCUGUGCUUCCCCCUGGUGGUGGUUGUGGUGUGAAACACCAACCCAGCCUCUACGACUGGUUCUGAUUGGCUGAUGGUAGACAUGGCUGCUUCAGCUGGGACAUAUGACGAGGAUGGCAAGUAGUGUUGUGUUUCCGUGUUUAGAUUCAUCCAAGUUUCAUGCUGGGAUGUGUUAAACAUCCAGAACAAUCCUAUGUAAUUAUUACACAUUUAUAUGUUUGAUGAUGAUUUAUUGUAAUUGGUUUAAGCUCUUUAUUAUUUCUGUAACCAGUUCUUUCAGCCUCAGAUCUUUCUAAUGUUACACUUUUUAAAGAAAUGCUUUUGGAUGCUGAUAACCAGUCACCAGCAUGUGUUGUAGGUUUGUUUUCUGGUUUUUGGUGAUAACCACUGUAUCAUAUUAGUGUCUAACACUGUCCAGCUGUCUCUCAGCUCCUGCUGUCUGUCCACAAUAAAGACUCUUCUCAUUCUUA